AUGCCACUUGUGAAUUACGAAGGUGAUUCAAGUGAAGGAGAAGAAGAAGAGCAGCAUGUGAAUGCUCAAUCAGUAAAAGAUAAUCGUCGAAUUCAUUUACCAGCUCCUUCACAUCCAGUGUCGAAACCAAUCAUCAAGGACAUUGACGAUGACGAUGAUGACGAUGACGAAUAUUCAACAAAAUCAACAACGCAAGCUUCUUCUAAUCUAUUAGCGAAUCUUCCUAAGCCUCAAGCUGUUUCCUCAUCUAAUGCAACAACAAAUCCUGAAGAAUUUACCGAAACGGAACUGGAGGAUAUCGUUCGUGGAGACAACAAAGUAUAUGCGAAGAAUAUCCCUGAACUACCAAAACCACCAUCCGCUCCAAAACGAAAACGUGAUGGGCCAGUCAAAAUCUUCAUACCCACAGUCGAUCAAGAUUCAGACGAAGAAGAUAAACCUAAGAGAAAACAACCAACGAUCAAACGAAAUUGUGCACUGUUGAACACUCUCCCCCCUCCGCUACACGAUGAAGACAAACCAACAGCAUCAACUUUACCAGUAGUUAAAAAUCCAUCGAAAACCACACCUCAAAUCACUUCAUCAGGUUUAUUCAUUCCCUACACGCUUAAUAAAAAAUCACAACAGCAGACAGCGAAGAAAACGGCAACCACUUCAUUAUUAGGACCAAGCAAAAAUGACAGCGACGAUGAUGACGACGACGAUGUGAACGAUCAAUCCGAUUUUCUUGGUCUGACAAAAACAAGUCAAAUUGAAAUUACACAUACAGAUGUCGAAAGUGUUCUACGUGAAACACUUCCCAAAGCUCGGCCAGUUGUUGUCGAACAACCAAUCUUACCUCAACCAACUGAAGAUUUUGAAGACCUUGACGAAGACGAUGCGCAAACAACUUCUCAUCAAACAAUUACAGACGAUGAUGAGUUGAUACGUUAUCUGCCCAAAAGCGAACGUUACAAAGAAAUUAAGACUGUACAUAUUGAUUCAAUGUUUGCCGAAAGCGCUCGAUUACAAUUACUGAAAAAUGCAACUGAAGAACGUGAAACUAUGUUAGCACAAGCAGCUAUUCACGUGCCGAAAGGCGAGGCGAAGAAACGAUCACAGCUUACCUAUCUUGUUGCUAAAGCUCAGCAUGAUGAUUUACAAUUGAAGAAUAUGUGGAGUCAACAGAAGUUAACAAAGAGACAAACUCAAGCCAAAUAUGGCUUUUGA